AUGUGUCCGCCUGAACUGUCGGGAUUGUCAUCGACAAGUUCAAGUGUCACUAAGAAUACGCCACGAUCUGCAAGAAGAAGAUCCAUUGGAAGGGAUUCAAGUAGUAAAAGUCGACGAAACUCUAACCAGAUAUCACCAACAUCAAUGAUAUUUAGAAACUUAUUAAUCAUGGAGGAAGAUUUACGUAAUCAAGCAAGAGAACAAAAAAAAUUAAGAUGGCAAUAUACUGGGUUUUUAUCUUGUUUAGCAGGUGUUGCAGCAUUCUCAAUAUAUGAAUUAUAUUUCAGUGACGUUGUUGUGAAAGGAGUGUAUAGAUUUUUUUUGCAGUUUACGAUAUGUUUUAUUUCAAUCACUUUAGUCCUGUUUCAUCUAAGUGGUCAAUAUAAAAGAACUAUAGUGAUACCCAGAAGGUUUUUUGCAUCUACGAAUAAAGGUAUACGGCAAUUUAAUUUAAGAUUGGUUAAAGUUCAUUCAUCAUGGGAUGAAAAUCUCACGGACAUGAUAAGAUUCACGAUGAAUGCAUUUUCAGAUUCAAAUAUUUGGCUCUGUGAAGAGAUACUAACUUUUUGGAAACCAAUUGUUCUCUUAAGAUUUUGGCACAGCGUGAAAUUGAGAUGUCAACCGAGGAUUGGCGCUAUAGAUGUUAAGAUUGUUCUGAAUCCAAGAGCUUUUAGCGCUGAGAUCAGAGAAGGUUGGGAGAUAUAUCGUGAUGAAUUUUGGGCCAGAGAAGGUGCAAGAAGACGUAAAACUGUAAACGAGGCAAAAUCCUAG